AUGGUGCGAUUCCGAUUCCCACGUAUCGAACGGAAUAACGGAAGCUUUUUGAUUAAAGGAAGUAUACAAAGUUUACGUGAAAGAUCAGAUGCAUUGUACUUUGAUCCUUUACGUAUCGUUUCUCUCACUUACACUGAAACCGAAGCGAAAGAAUCGAUAUGGAGAAUGGAUUUGGAAAUCAUCAUGGACUUGAUUUCAGUGACACUUUCGUGUUUAUUUAUCGUGCUACAACUCUUUCAUGUCAAAAAGAAUCCAGAAUUGAUUCCAUUGAUUUCGAUUUUGAUGAUGGUGAUUCUUACACUUGGGUACAUGGUUCCUUUAGUGUUGAAUUUCGAGGCAAUGUUUUCAAACACUCGUUACCCUCAAAACAUUCCACUCGGGGGAAGUGGUGGAUUGCUUGAAGUGAAUGAAGUGAUUGUGAGGAUAGUGACAAUGGUAGCUUUCAUUUUGCAAUUCCGUCUCCUCCAAUUGACAUGGAAUUCAAAACCUGGGAAUGACGAACAGAAACAUUGGAAUCAUGAGAUACGGAGUAUUGUAAUCUGUUUACCGAUUUAUAUAAGUGGUGGAUUGAUCAUGUUGCUAGCGAAGUGGAUUGACAAUGAUUACAUUAUCUCAAGUAAUCGAUCAAUCUGGGGUGAUUUGAGGUCUUAUGCGGGGUUAACACUAGAUGGAUUCUUGUUUCCACAAAUCGUUCUUAACAUUUUUCAGAUUUCAAAAGGGAAUGCUUUGUCUUAUUUGUUUUAUAUAGGGAACACUUUUGUUCGAUUACUACCUCAUGCGUAUGAUCUUUAUAGGGGUCAAAAGAACAUCAGUCAUCAAUUUGAUCGAUUCUAUCUGUAUGCAAAUCCAAGAGCAGAUUUCUACUCAACUUCUUGGGAUGUGUCCAUUGCUUGUGGAGGAUUUGUGUUUGCAGUGAUUGUGUUCUUGCAGCAACGUUUUGGUGGUCGAUUUAUGCUUCCAAAGAGAUUCCAGGAGUCUGUUGAAUAUGAAAUGGUGCCUGUGGUAAACAAUGAGUAA